GGAGGAGGAGGCACUGGCACUUUACUUUCUGUUUAUUCUGUCGCUUUCCUUAUUAAAUAGUUGUUCUUAUUUAUUUGGAGGUAGUGUCGAUCAGUUAAAGUUUUGUAUGCGUUACUGGCGGGGAGGACAGGCCUCGAGCAUCGGACACGAUUUGACAGCCAUGGACGCUAACUUUAAUGCCGACGACCGCGGUGCCUGGUACUGGGGCCCGAUGAUUCGCGAAAAAGCCGAUUCUCUCCUCCAGGGACAGAGAUGCGGUGUUUUCCUGAUCAGGGAUUCGGCCAACACUCCUGGAGAUUACGUGCUGUGCGUGUCGGAAAGAGACAAAAUUGGACAAUAUUUAAUCAACGUUAUCAGCAACAACAGACAGUCUGUAUCAGGUCCGGCUCCUCCUCGGUAUCGAAUUGGGCCUAACGAGUUUCCAUCGCUGCCAGCCCUGCUGGAGUUUUAUAAAACUCAUGAAGUGGGCGUUGCAAAAGCCAGCACUACAGUGCUCAUAGAGCCUUUAAGCAAGACCACACAAACAAGCCUCAUCAAUACCUCCAGAACUCCGCAGCAGCUUGAAGAGCCGGAGUUUGUCCGAGCACUAUUUGACUUCACCGGCAAUGAGGAUGAGGACCUCCCCUUUGGUAAGGGUGACAUUCUCCGUGUGCUGAACAAGCCUGAGGAGCAUUGGUGGAAUGCUGCUAAUAAGAAUGGUCAAGCUGGAAUGAUCCCAGUUCCCUUUGUGGAGAAGUACCGGCCUGCCUCGUCCACAGCUGCCAGCCUGAGUCAGUCUGGUGCUUUGCCCGGAUGGGGAGGGCCUGCUGGUAGGGUGGUGAGCAGUACAGAUGAGACAGGGGUCACUCAGAUGAACCCAGGCCAUUCUGACCAGCCCUCUGUGAGCACCCGGCUUCGCAGUCUACAGAAUGGGCCGGCCUAUGCUCGAGUCAUUGAGACGUGGGUGCCCAAUGCCUAUGACAAGACAGCACUGGGACUAGAGGUGGGAGACAUGGUGAAGGUGACAAAGAUCAACGUGAAUGGCCAGUGGGAGGGUGAGUGCAAGGGUAAACGAGGCUACUUCCCCUUCAACCACGUUCAGUUAUUGGAGAAACACCAGCCUGAAGAUGAAAGCUAAAGAAGACUAACAGUCACCAAAGACAGGCCCCCCCCUGACAAACUGAAAGAAAAAGCUCAAUCCGGAUGGAACAUUUCCCAUUCCUCCCGUGAAAUGUGCUGUGUAUGAUGAAAGAUCAUGUGAAUCAGUUGCAAAUACACCUGUUCCUGAAAUAAAAACAUCCCUGUUAGUAGUUGAAGCAUCGUUUUCUGUUACUGAAAUCUCCAUACUGGAGAUGACUAGAAUGAUUAUGGUAACAACAAGCUCACUCGUGGACACAUUUGCAGUUUCUGUGACAAUUUGGCCGCUCUGGACAAAACAGCCUUGCUUCUGGAGACCAAAGUGGAAAAAACAUGGACAAAGAACACAAGAAGUGAUCAUAAGGUUGGUAUAUUUGCCUGUGUAUUUCUUAAUCAUUGUUAAACAGUGUUUUUUUCACGUGCAUUGAAUAGUUAGCACUUCAACAAUUAUUUCUGCGUGUGAUCGAAGCCAAGCAUGCUGAUUGUUUGUCGGCGAAUCGGUACAAAGCUGCGUGGCGGGCACACUACAUGAUACAAUUUUGGCAUCAAGUACAAUCAACUUGCCCUACCUGAGUGUGAAAUGAAAAUACAUGGGUUUGUGCAUGUAUGCAUGUAUAUGUGUGUUCUUAUUAUAUGCAAACUUUCUCAACUGUUUCUCCACUGUAGUGAAGAAACGCUGUUUUGGCACUACGUCACAUCCUUGUGUACCGAAUUACAUAAAAACCCAUGUACGAUAAUGACUCUCCAUUUUGGGCUUCCUUCAUCAACUGUUGUCCUUCAAUGUGUACAUUUUUUCACAGUUGUAUCAAUUAUUACACUCCAUAUUCAAGAAAUGAUAACUCACCAUGUUUUCCAGAAAUGAAGCCGUUUUGUCCAGAACGGCUGAAUUGUGUUGGAAACUGCUGAUGUGUCCGCAAGUGAGCUUGUUGUUACCUUAGUUGUUCUAGUCCUCUCCAGUAUGGCGAUUUCAUUAACGGAAAACAAUGCGUUAAGUUACUGAUAGGGAUGUUUUUAUUGCAGGAAUAGGUGUGUUUGUGACUGAUUUGAGUGAUCUUUCAUCAGAGACUGCACAUUUUACAGGGGAACGGGAAAUGUUCCAUCUGAAUUGAGCUUUUUCUUUCCGUUUGUUAGGGGGCUUGAAAGAGAUUUCUACAAGCACACAGGAUGUGGACCUACCGGCUGUGUUGCUCAGUUACUCCUGACCAUACUUGAUUGUCAUUUUGGGGAAUGUGCAUUAUAAUCUGCCUGCACUAAGGUCAGGCUGAUGUGGGUUUGGUGUUUACUUACCUAUUUACUUACUAAUUCUUCCAAAAAUAGUAUUUUUGUAUUUAUUUGAUAUAUUAUUUUCACUGGCUAGUUUACAAUUUUCACUGUUAGAUGUUCUGUUUCGAUGGAUGUAUGUUCUGAUUUUUAUUUGCCAUUACAUCCAGCUCUAUAGAACUUAACAGUAUACUGGGGUGGUUAGUUUAGCAUAGCUGAUUGGAAGCAAGUGUUAGCCUAGUGAGAUCUAAAGGGCAUGGAUAUAUUUCUGAAAUUUCUGGACUUUUCGUUGAAAUGAAAGCAUUGAUCAAAUGUUUUACAGGGCACAGCAGUUUUUUGUGGGUGUGUGCACGUGUACGGCUGAUUAGUACCUGUGCCAUGUUGUUUUGCUUUAUUUAAAUUUUUGUUGCUAAUGAAACAUACAUUUUCUCAUCAUUGCACAGAACAAAACACUAUAUUACUGAUUUCAUUUAAUUUAAAUUUUAUAAAAAUGUUAAAAUCUGAAGCUUUUACAUAUAGGCACUAUUUAGCACCAACGACUGAUAUCACUUGAACUAUGGUUUAUACACUGUUCCUAAUAUUAGGACCACAGCUACUGAUUAUUUUCAUAAUUGAGUAAUCAAUUUAUUAGUUGUUAGUUCUAUAAAAUGGUGAAAAAUGUCAUCACUGUUAUCCAGAGCCUAAGAUGAUACCUUUUAAAUGUCUUGUCUUUAAAUAUUGCUGAAGUUAAAGAAUUUGGAUAUUAAAUAAAUACUCAGAACUCUUAAGAAAUUAUCAAAAUAGUAGUUGAUUAACUUAGUUAAUCAGCGAUUAGCCAUUGGUGCUGUAAUAUAUAACAGCCGCUCGUCGAGCUGACUCAGGGUUAUGUUACCUUUCUGUGUAUUCUCAACCAGCUGGGGGGGAUAAUGUACACGAGAGAAUAUGUCAGACUUAAAACUUUAAUCAAAAGUAUUUCCUGAUGAAUCUCUAAUGUGGCAAAGGAUUAUCUUACCCCAGAUUUGGCCAGUGCCACCUAAUUACAUUCAUUACACACUAAAAUAUUUUUAUAUUAAAAGUGGAGAAAUAUAGAACAACAAUAAUAUGCACACUUACCUGCCAAAUAUUCCUUAGUAUCUGAUUUUCUGUAGCUUAAAAGGCAAAUCUGUUUUUAAUAUAUUUACUUUUUUAAACAAGAUAUAUACUAUAAAUACGGUUUGAAAGAACAUAUUUGACAAAGGCAGAAAGUCACUGCUGACAGAUUCUCGUAGAUAUUGUGAUUGUGAACAGCACCUCGAGUUCUGAAUUUUCCUCUUGGCGCUGUUAUCAGUUGUUAGCAUUGUGAGUUUAUGAGAUACAUCUUUUCUUCUUAGUUCUGUCUGUUUAUCCCUUCCCAGAUAUGAGGCACAUGUGCAGAUUGCACAGUUUGUUGAUAUAUAUUACAGUAUUUUUGAAAUUGAUUCAUCACUUAAGCUAACAGUGGUUAGUACGUCACUAGAUUCUAAGGUGUUGUAGUGGCCUGGAGUUAAAUUGAUUUGAUGUGUUGAAAUAUUUUUAUGUUCCUCAUUAAAAGUGGCCUUAAGUUCCAGAGAAAUGGUAAAUUAGGUAGGAUUACUUUGCAAUGUAAUCCUACCCAAUUCUGGAUAAACAUAUGUAGAACUCUGAGUUUGGUGGCUUCUGUUGGCAGCGCAUCAUGUGGAAAACAUCCCUGAAUUCCUUUGAGACUUUUCCUCUCUGCAAGAACAGUUAUGAGUGAAUUAUUUUCCUUUUCUGUGCCAAUGAACCUUAAAGAUGCCUUAAAGAUGAAACGUACCUUACAACACUAAUGGUGUCUACACAGUAUGUAUUGUGCUCAUCAUGGAAGCUUGCAAGUGGUUCAUGAAGCAUCACUGGGCCUCCAUCACAAGUGGCUGUGUGGUUGUAGAAACUGCACUUUUAAUUGGUCAGGAACCAUUUUUACCUGAGCAGGGUGUCAAACAUCAAACUGUAUUUUCCGAGUACAAGUCACAUUUUUUUAACUAGUUUUGGAAGUCCUGCUGGUUAUACUCCAGUGCAACUUGUAUACAAAAAAAUAAAUAAAUAAAUUACACAUUAUUUAUUAAUAAUGAUAAUUGCAAUGACAUAUAGGACUUUUCCAGAAAUUAAAGCAUGAAACAAAAGAAACUCCAUUCAUAAAAGAAUAAACGCCAUUUAUAUAAAGUACACUGCAGCAAUGCACAAAAAUCCCAAGUUAAAGAGCUGAAAA